AUGGUCAAAGUCGCAGAGAACCGUGUUAUUGAUCUCGACCUUCUCCCAGGCGAUUCAAAGGCAGACAGGCUCUCGGAGCAAACCAAAGCUGCAAUUGCUGGCAAAGUCCCCCAAGACGAAGCUCAAGGAGUCUCCUCUAAUACCCAAAGCGCCGUCGCCGCCCUCGGAGGUACCGUAGGAGGAGGCGUAAAAGGACUCGUCGACACCGUCGGCAACACUGUUGGAUCUCUCGGCGAGGGCGUGGUUGGAACUGUCCAGGGUGUCGGAGACGGCUUGGGCAGCACUGUACAAUUUGCUGGAGGUGCGGUCGGUGCUGGUGCCGGCAAAAUAGGCGACAUGUUUUCAGGCGGUAGCAAGCAGGGCAGCCAAGAUGCCAAAGAAGCCCAGAAAGAGCGUUUGGAGGAAGCUACAGACAAGACCAAGGAGAUUGGCGGCGAUGUAGCAAAGUCAGUUGAGGAACACAGCAAGCAAGCCACUAAUGCGGCCAAAGAGGGUGGUGAAGGCACGAAUGAUACUGUUGCAGGUUUGGCAGAAGACAGCAAAGAGAAGGUGGCGGGUGUGUCUUCAUCUUCGUCGUGA